AUGCCUUCGGACCUGGAACUUCUAGCCGACAUGGGCUUUGACCCUGAGCGCGCAAAGAUAGCUGUGUCUAAAUCUGGUGGCUUACAGGGUGCACUCGAGUGGCUAGAAGCGAACCAAGACAAGUCUCUGGAGGAAAUAAAAGAGGAAGCGGCCCAGAAACAGUCCGAAGCUGGAGGGUCAGAUGAACCUCCAGAUCUGAAACCUGGAGAAGAGCCAAAAAGCCUGGUCUGUAAUGAGUGCGGGAAACGAUUCAGAAGUCAGGCCCAGGCCGAAUUCCAUGCUUCUAAAACAGAACAUGUCGACUUUUCGGAGUCGACGGAGGAGAUCGCACCACUCACCGAAGAAGAGAAGAAGGCUAAGCUAGAAGACCUGCGCCAAAGACUGGCAGAAAAGCGGCAGAAAAUGUCUGAACAGGAUAAGCAAGACCAAAAAAGAAACGAGGAAAUUCGCCGCAAAAGUACCAAGGAGACUCAGGAUAUGAAAGAGGAGCUUCAACGGAAAGAACAAUUGAAGGAAGCAGCUAAAAAGAAGCGUGAAAAGCAAGAGGAAGUCGAAGCAAAGGCACGGAUAAAAGCCAAGAUCGAAGCAGACAAGCAAGCUCGAAAAUUGAAGGCAGAGAAAGAAAAAGCAGAACGAGAGGGUCGUGUAUUGGAGGAACAAAAGACACAACCUACACCAGCCGCAGCUCCCGUAGCCUCGAAGCCUGCUUCAGCAUACACAGAGGCUAGACUACGAUUGAUGACACCAUCUGGGAACGUCAUCAAGUCAUUCCCCGUUGAUACCACCCUUUUCGAGGUUGCUGCCGCUCUACAACAAGAAGGUAACCAGGUGAACAGCUUUACGCAGACAUUCCCAAAGAAGGUGUUCAAUCAGGAAGACUUUGGAGCUACGCUCAAGGAGUUGGGUUUUGUACCAAGUGGAAGUCUGAUUGUGGGCUGA